AUCCGUUGCCACCAGAUAUCGUUGUGAGGCUCCUCAAGGAUAAUGGUUUCGAUAAGGUGAAGUUGUUUGAGGCCGAACCUUGGGUGCUCAAGGCGCUCGGGAGGUCUGGGAUUCAAGUCAUGCUUGGAAUACCCAACGAAUUCUUGGCUCCGUUGGCGAGCAGUGUGACGGUGGCCGAGAAGUGGGUUAUGCAAAAUGUGUCUACUUUCAUCUCUAAAUACGGUGUUGACAUAAGAUACGUAGCCGUUGGCAAUGAACCUUUCUUGAAGACGUACAAAGGAAUGUUCCAACAAACAACAUUUCCGGCCCUCCAAAACAUAGAGGCCGCCAUCAUCAAGGCCGGCCUCGGCCGCCAAGUAAAGGUCACCGUCCCUCUCAACGCCGACGUCUACGAUUCCUCCAACGGCCUCCCUUCCUCUGGCGACUUCCGCUCCGACAUCCACACGCUCAUGAUCCAAAUCAUCAAAUUCCUCCAAAACAAUGGCGCCCCGAUCAUGAUCAACAUCUACCCUUUCCUCAGCCUCUACGCCGACCCCCACUUCCCCAUCGACUACGCCUUUUUCUCCGGCACAGCAAACCCUGUUGUCGACGGCUCCGUUUCCUACACCAACGUCUUCGAUGCGAACUACGACACCCUCGUUUCCGCGCUGGAAAGGAACGGGUUCUCAAAUAUGACCAUCAUCGUCGGAGAAAUCGGUUGGCCUACGGACGGCGAUGCCAAUGCCAACAUCGCGUACGCGCGAAAAUUUAACCAGGGUUUACUGGACAGGAUCAGCCAAGGUAAAGGAAGGCCCCGCAAAUUCGAUCGCCCGCCUAUUUUAUUUUUUGGAUUGAUCGAUGAGGAUGCGAAGAGCGUCGCACGCGGGGAAUUUGAACGGCACUGGGGGAUUUUUUACUAG